AGUCUCUACAGAGCCCUGACCCACCACUGAGAGGCAAUGAGGCUUCUGCUGUUGUUGCUGUCACUGACUGGCUGGGGGCCCCCAGGGAGCCUUGGAGAGGGGAUCCCCCAAGAAACCAUUCCACUCUCAGCCACAUCCCCUCAUUUUGAUGAAGAAGAGAAAUACUCAACCCAUAUGCCCCAACAUCUUCGCUGUGAUGCCUGCCAGAUCAUUUCUUACCAGAUGUGGAAGCAUCUUAGCGAAGUGGAGACCAAGCAGCAGAGUCAUAGGGCCAAGGGGGCUUCUCUGAGUGAGUCUGAGUACACCGAUGUCCUGGAGAAAGCUUGUUCUCAGAGCUGGAAGAAUUACGGGGUGCACGAAGUAAACAAGGUGAAACGCUUUGUUGGCCCGGGGCUGGAAAACUCGGUGGGCAUCAGUGUGAUGAUGACUGGAGGCCCAUGGCCAGGCAGGCUCUUCAAGAUGUGCCACAACUACCUGGGAGAGCUUGGCGAAGAUCAGCUGUAUAGAGAAUACAGGCAAGGGGGCCGAGGGGCCUUGGAGCGGCUGUUGUGCCGAGGGACCUGUCCCGAAGAGGAAGCACCUGGCCAGGGGGGCUUCCUCCAGAAGGAACUUUAGCCUUUCCUCAUUCAGGAGAGAGGUCUUUGUGGACCUAGGAUGUGCCAGAUAGGCUUCUGGUCCAGCUGACCCCUGGGAAUACCUUCAAUUUGCAAAAUCCACAGAAGCCUCGUUUCUGGGAGCCAACUCCAUCCUUGGCUCUGCCUGGAAUGAAGGCCCUACAAAGUGAGGGGUCAGGGAGCAAUCUCUCCUGAGUCCCUGUUGGAGGAUCAGAGAAGUCAGAACUGUAUCUUAGACUUCUUUCCUGAUCUGUGAAUGAGAGAUCAUAUCUCUCCCCCUUGUCCUCCUUCCCUCCCCUUCCCCCUUCUUCAUCCCCUUCUUCCUCCUUCUCUUCUCUCCUUAAAAGUAUCCUGACUCCAGUCCCUAAUGGGGGAGGGGCAGGCGGGGGAGGAUGUUUUGGGGUCUUGGAGCUAUACUGUGCUAUUAUCAUCUGGCCCA